CCUAGCAAAGAAAUCUCAAGUUGUAGUUUGACAAUGCCGGAAUCCAGGGACAGGCUGUCGAGGCCGGUGGACUAUGCGGCCGUGUUCGUUCGCCGGAGAGUGCCUGGUACAGGAUUUAUUCUGGCGGACCAGGAAACGGGUCCGAACUUGUUCGAAAUCCCGAUCAGGCGGGUGACGGCUGCUACAACGCCAGCGACACGUGGACAAACGGCUUUGGGUACGACACGAGGUGGUGGGUUCGGAAGAGGCGGAUUCGGAACUCCAAGAAGUGUGGGUAGACGGGUUCUAUACGGGUCUCCGGAUACGGGUCGGGAGAACACUCCAAGUACCUAUCGGGGAUCGGGUCGGGACAGGCCCAGGGGCAGUGUGUUACCUUCUUGGUACCCGAGAGUCCCUCUUCAAGAUAUCACUUGGGUUGUGCGGGCAAUUGAAAGGAGAAGAACUCGGUUGGGAGAUGUCGAAGGCCAACAAAUUGAGAGUCCUGUUCCUGAGGACCAAAGAAUUCUUGAUCCUUCUGUACUAGUGUCAGGUGCUCAACUCGAGCACGAUCUCUCUUUGAUCUCUCCAAGCUCAACUGUAGCUACCAAGCCUCGAACACCUGCUGUUAGCAAAGUUCCAAAGAUCUUGCUUGAAGUAGCUAAUCAAAAUGCUAAAGAAACAGAGUUUCUCACACCACAGAAGAAACUCUUGAAUAAAAUUGACAUAGUUGAGAAAGAGGUGAUGAAGGAAUUGCAGAGACUAAAGAGAACACCCAUUGCUAAGAAGGUGGAGAGAGAGAAAAGAGUUCGUACUUUGAUGUCUGUUCGUUGAUUCUGUUCAACUUCAGAGUCAUUAGAACCAAGACAAAUCAAAACACCUAGAAAGGCUAGAAUCGAAAGACAAAAGGGACAAGAAACUUGUGCGUGAGACUGAUCAUCACUUGAUGAUAUUCGGGACUCUUGAAGUAGAUGUAGAUAUAUCUCAUGUUUUCUCUACUUGUUUUAGUUAUAACACAUCUAGCCAAAGGUCUUAGUUUAGGUUUAGUAGGCAUUUUUGUUUCUUGUUAACGUCAUUCUUUGAUGGUCAUGUGUGGGACUAGUAGCUAUCGUUUGUCUGAUGUACAUAAUGACCAUAAUAUCUCACUUUCAGUUACAUUCCUUCAUAAUGCCUUUGCUAAUGUACCAUUACUUUUCGAGUAUUCUAAGGAAGCAUCAGGUUUAUCGAAGUUAUUCUGUUU